UCACCUUCGUGAUGCGCCCACAGUGUCCAUGAUGAAAUAUGAAAGUUAAUAAUGAAACAGCGAGAUACCACGAGGAUAUCCAUCAACACGCUCCACUAUCAGGGACGAUGGAUUCCAUAUAACGACAUGCGCAAUACUCCAGGAACAGGCCACACACCUUCAACACAUCUGCUAGGCUGUGGAUAGCUUUAGUAAAUAUUUGCGUCAUGGUUUCAGCAGGGAUGCCGUUGGAUGCCGCUUGUUUAAUGGCAAUGGCACUGGAAGGCAUUGUAUAUGGCUUCUCGAUCCUCAUGUUCAUGGGUACCAUAUGGAUCUUGGCUUACGAAAAGCGCGCGCAAGAUAUCAACCGCCGAAUGAUCGUGGUGGCUAUCCUGCUGUUGAUACUGAGUACUGGGCACAUCGUCGCGAAUAUCGCUCGUAUUUAUGAUGGGCUAGUGAAGUAUCGCGACACGUACCCAGGCGGGCCAGUGGCAUUCUUCGCAGACCCUACCCAAAUAACACUUGCGAUCAUGCACGUGUUUUACGUCUUACAAACUCUACUCGCUGAUGGGGUAAUGAUCUAUCGCUGUUACGUGGUAUGGCAAUCAUUCUGGGUCAUUAUCCUACCAAGCCUGCUAUGGUGCAGCGUCGCAGUGAGCGGUGUUGGUGUGAUCUACAGUUAUUUACAAGCCGCAAGUAACUCCUUGGACUUCUUUGCCAACGUGGGUGGCGGACCUUCUCAGUGGGUUACGGCUUACUUCGCCUCGACUAUGGCAACGAAUGGAUUGAGUUCAGGAUUACUCGCAUAUCGCAUCUGGAUGAUUGAAAGCAAGGUCUCUGCAGCUCGCGCUACGAAGGGCACUAUGAUGCCAAUAGUGCGGGUGCUUCUGGAUGCCGCUGUUUUGUACACUGUAGUUCUUCUCAUCGCACUAAUAUGUUACCUGCUCUCGAACAAUGGAAUGGAACCCGCGGUGGACAUGAUCACGCCGAUCAUAUCAAUUGCAUUCUAUAUGAUUCUUAUUCGCAUCGCUAUCAAAAAUCAAAAUCGCACUCAUACCUCGACCAAUGGGACGAGACUAAGCAGUUUGCAGCAGUAUCCUAUGCAGGUCCAUAUAUCCAAACAUACGAGCAACGACGGUAACCCAGCAUGCGGAAUAGGGAAUGAAGACCAACCAUCGACAUCGAAGGAGGAGUCUGGAAAUGGAUCCUUGCGAUCAUAACCCAACCUGAACGCCAUUUAUGUCAGGUCCAUGCUUUGGACUUCUAAUAUUCACACAAACUCAGUUGACGUUGUUGUAUCUCACCAUUUAAUUGUAGUUCUAUUCCCCAGUUGCUGGAAAGGGAUCGAAGUCUCUUCGACAAAACUUGGCAUCACAAUCUCGUAGAUAUCC